AUUUGAUCAAGUAUAGGAGUUGGCCCAACUCUAGGAGAAAUUCAUUUGAGAGCUCUUUGAAUUAAUAAGCAUAAGGGAUAAGACUAAAAGACUAAGUGGAGCCAAAGGAAGAGGUCAAGACAGUUGGUUUUGAGCAACAAAUUCGGUGCUAGUGGCAUGACUUGCGGAAAGGGGAAGAUUAAUUCCCAUUAAAUAGAUUAGAUGGAGCAAUGUAAAAGGCACUUCUUUUCCUUAUCGUAAUACACACACGAUCCAUCUAUCACUUUGUAUUCAAGGCAUACAAGUGCUCUAUUCAAAUUAUUUAUACAAUUUAGCUUUAAUGGUGUAAUCACUAAAUUCGUCCAUACUCGGUUCUUAUUGCUUGAUUUCCUUGUCAUCAAUAUAUUUUGAUUAGUUUAAUCUUUGGUCAAAACAAUUGGCGCCGUCUGUGGGAAAAUCUUGCAAAGGAAGAAUCGAUCAUGGCCGGAAGUUCUAAUUCUUUGGUGACAGAAAUUCAAGCACAGCUAGAAGCUCUCAGGUAAGAAAUACGCAUGGCCGGAAAUUCUAAUCAUUCGGCGGCGUAGAUUCAAGCGCAACUAGAAGCUGUCAGGGAAGAAAUGCGGCAGCGGAUCACCCUCCUCCAACGAGAAAACGAUGCUCUACGAUCUCAAGUACAAUCAGUGACAUCCAUAGUAUCCAAUUCACGACGGGGAAAUGAUAUCAUAACCGUGGCAACAAGAUUGGACAUGGAUUCAGUUCUGGUUUCAACCCCAACCAUGAGCAUCCCGAUGCACUUCUUCCCGGAUUCAUUGCGAACCAGAACAGUGACGUCACGUUUGCAUACAAUCAACCAACAGAUGCCAACUUCGACCAUCACGUCAGCCCCUAAGAAUCCUUUCGUCCCUCAUUCUGGAGCCGGCACGCCUGGAAAAGCAGGGCCCUCGACUCGUUCCUUUCCAUUCCCAAAUCCUAGAAGGGACAUAUUCUGUAAUCUGUUCGAAGCGCCGCAGAGACGACGUGUUCCAAAUCAUGUCGACAUCCCCAGACAUGUCGACAUCCCUAGACAUGUCGACAUCAACAACCAGAGGCGGCAAGAGCCAGAGAUCAUCGAUAUACCAUCGCCAACCGAACGAGGAGCAGCCCAAAUGACAACACCACCCGAAGUACCAGUUCCGCAGAUGCAGACAUACUUGACAGACUCUUUGGCCAUCCUCACAGAGGAGAUGAGAGAGAUGCGGGAGAAAAUCAACGGCAUACCUGGAGUCCCGCCACUGCUAGAUGUUGCCCCACAAGCGUGCUAUGCGGACUCGCCUUUCGGACGACACAUCACUGAUGUCGAGCUUCCGAGGAAGUUCGCCGCCCCCUCGAUGAGACCGUUCGAUGGGACUUCUGAUCCGGCAGAACAUGUCGCUCAGUACAAGCAGCAAAUGUUAGUCACCUCGGUCAGACUAGAUCAGCGAGAAGCUUGCAUGUGCAGGGCAUUUGGGACGACAUUGUCAGGACCGGCAUUGACGUGGUUCGUCAACCUACCAAAUGAAGGCAUCAAUUCAUUUGCGGAGCUGGUCAACUUAUUCAAUCGACAGUUUGCGAGCAGUCGAGCCUUGGAGAAGCAGACCAGUGAUCUUUAUCGGGUGGUCCAGAGGCGAAAUGAAUCCUUGCGAGAUUACGUGCAUCGCUUCAACAAGGAGAAGGUGUCAAUCCCUAGGUGUUAUGUGCCGACAACAAUUGAAGCAUUCAGACAAGGACUGCUGGAGGAUUCAGAGUUAUAUCGGGAGUUGACGAAAUACCCUAGUCGGUCCUUCGAAGAUGUCCAAGCAAAGGCACUAGCUUUCAUCCGUCUAGAAGAAGACUUACGAGCCCGUCACGGACAUAUUGAGCACGAAGGGGGGCACGGGAAAUCGGAAUCCCCCAAGAGGCACGACUACAAGCAUGGAAGACCUUAUUCGAGACCAGACGAACGAUUUGUCACUUCUAUGACGAGGUAGAUUUGACGACAUGAUUGAAGUCGUCGGACAGGGGGCAUAUCGACUGCAAUCUGUCGACGGUAAGCAAGUACCGAGAAGCUGGAAUGCGGUACACUUAAAACCCUUUCAUUUCUGAUUAAAUUAGUAUAGUCGAUAUACCUUUCUUUUACUUCCAUUACUAACUUGAGCGUCGGAGGGCCGUUGGCCCCAAGCCAACGGCCAAACUAAUCAUUGAGCAGGUACUGACUGACGAUUUGAAGCUGAUCGAGCAUGACGGUAAAGUAAACAAGCAUGUCGUAACUAAGGAUCAAUCCAGCAACUGAACUCCCAUCAAUCCGUUAGCUCUCUGCCACACUUUAAGCAAACUAUCUUAAAAUCUUUUUUAGUUUUCAUCAUAAACAUUGCUACAAGUCUCGCUGAUGCUUUCAAAGGUAUUUGUAUAAGUUAAAUAAGGCAGAUUUUAUAUAAGUAACAGCAAGGAAAGUUGCUUUCCUCUAGUGAAGUUUUAUUAGAUUAACUCAUUAUUAUAACGGUUACUGACUUAAGCAUCGGAGGGCCGUUGGCCAAACGCCAACGGCCGGACUUUGACGGAAUAUUUGUGUGCAGGAUGCUGACAGGGCAAAAGACAGCCAAAACCUUACGCGUAUAGCGACAACCGCUAACACAAACCCCGCAACAAGGGAUGGUGGGGCAAACUUGAGUCCUUCAUAUAUGAAAUAUGAGGCACGGACCGAGAAUCCCUACAAGUUUUGGCCAAAACUACACAAAACUACACAAAACUACACAAAAUUACAACACAAACUCCAAAACACAAGGAGACAAUACAAACGACAUUGACAUACAUCACAAAUAUUCAUGUCGACGAUAUUAUUAAAACCAUAAACGAAACAUUAUUCAAUUUUUUUUGCAGGAUUCCAGUUACGUUCAUGCAACCCAACUCGUCAUCUCUAGCAACGGACGAAACUCCUUUGGCAACUGAAGUGUCGACGUCAACCUGAAUGAAGUUUCAACUCGUCAGCAUUGCCUACUUACGAUCAUUAGCACAAAUUGGGAGGAAGAUGACAGGAGACCAGCCUUCGUUCUUCGUCACCUCACUCAAGGAGACAAAUUUGAUCUAAAAACUACUUGCACAGAAUUAAUGAAGUCGUCUCAUCAGAUGAGUGACGGGUUGAGGGAGACAUGUCGUCAGAAAAGUGACGAGUUGACAAAAGUGUCUUUUUAUACGAAUGACAGGUUAACAGUAUGUCUGAUCAGACAGAUUACGAGUUUACAUGGGUGAUAUUCAAGGAUGACAGACAUCAAAGUUUUCAAGAUUUCGACAAGUUGACGCUUAACAGCGGGUUGACAUGUGCGCCCAUACGCUUCAACUUCUCGAAAGGGGGCAAUUGUUGGGUCCGAGAAUUUACUUCGUCAACGGGCCGGUGAAUUAAUUUGAUCAAGUAUAGGAGUUGGCCCAACUCUAGGAGAGAAAUUCAUUUGAGAGCUCUUUGAAUUAAUAAGCAUAAGGGAUAAGACUAAAAGACUAAGUGGAGCCAAAGGAAGAGGUCAAGACAGUUGGUUUUGAGCAACAAAUUCGGUGCUAGUGGCAUGACUUGCGGAAAGGGGAAGAUUAAUUCCCAUUAAAUAGAUUAGAUGGAGCAAUGUAAAAGGCACUUCUUUUCCUUAUCGUAAUACACACACGAUCCAUCUAUCACUUUGUAUUCAAGGCAUACAAGUGCUCUAUUCAAAUUAUUUAUACAAUUUAGCUUUAAUGGUGUAAUCACUAAAUUCGUCCAUACUCGGUUCUUAUUGCUUGAUUCCCUUGUCAUCAAUAUAUUUUGAUUAGUUUAAUCUUUGGUCAAAACAAUAUCACGAAGGAUACAUUGAGAAAUAGAAUGAGUGAUGACGCUCUCCAUGAUAGGCUUCUUGUUAAUAUAGAAAAAUAUGUCUUCUUGAAAAUUGACAAUGAUGUCAUUAUCAAGUGAUUUCAGUCUAUGAACACCCUUGAGAACAAUUGUGAUUUGUAAUGUGUUUUCUGUAUUCGACCCUGUUGAAAACCCUCGUUUAUGUAAAAAAAUGUGUACCAUUUAUUUUUCGUAAUUUACUUUUUACUGUAAUUGAAGUUAUUUUAUACUCCGGUAUAUUAUGUGUUUGGCCCCCACUGGAUUAGAAUGCUAGACCUUCCCCUGGCUUUGACGUUGGUGGUAAGUUGUGCAAACCCAGAUCAACUCAUACUGUCUUUUGAACCAAGCUUUAGAGGAUGGAAGUGCUUUUCAGUAGAUGCAUAUUAUUUGUAAUAGCUAGCUUUUUGUUACAUAUAUACAUAUUCUCCACUAUUUUUCCUUGCUUUGCUGUGCUAACACUUUCAUACAUAAUUGUUUUAUGGCUUCAUUUAGAGCAUUCUUGAGCAGUCCAGUGUGCCCUAAAACUACUCAUUUCUGGGGUCCUAUCGCGAACUGGGGAUUUGUUGCCGCGGGAUUAUUGGACACACAGAAGCCCCCUGAAAUGAUAUCUCUAAACAUGACAUCAGCAAUGUGUAUAUAUUCUGCAUUGUUCAUGAGGUUUGCAUGGAUGGUUCAGCCUCGCAACUAUCUACUUUUGGCAUGCCACGCCUCAAAUGAGUGCGUGCAGCUGUAUCAACUGUCUCGUUGGGCAAAAGGUCAGGGGGGAGUGAUUGUGGAUGUAUAUUCAUCUCCUCCAUCUAUUUAGGCUAAGUUUGGAUCCCGUAAAAUGCUAGGGGAAGGGAAAAAAAUGCUGGAAAGUUAUGUUCCUAUGUUUGAUUUACCUUGGGCAAUGCUGCGAAAAAUGAAAUGAUCACCUUAUUAACUACGGAGUAUAUUUAGUCGCUCACAUGUACUACGAUUUUAGCCUCUAUAUGAUAGAAACAAAAAACAUGAUUUUGAAUGGAUAGCUAAAUUGUUU